ACUAAGUAAAGAAGUUUCCUACACAUAUUGGGUAGAUAAUGAUAAGUAAAAAAAUUAAAGUGUUCCUAAAAAGGAACCUUAAAAAGUUGACCCUUCUAAAAUUGUUUAAUAAUAAGAUAAACACGUAUCAUAAUGGAAUUAAUUAGGAACAUGGUAAAUAUAAAAAAAUCCAAAUAUAAUAAAACAAUAUAUAUAAAAAGGGAGGAAAAAAAAAUUGAUUUGAAAUUAGUUAAGCAAGAAUUCUAGUAAAUUAUUUAACAGUAACCUUUUCUUUCAACUGAUAAAUAGAUUGAAUUUUAUGAUAUAUAAAAUAUUACAGGAGAAGUAUUUUUUUAUUGUAAUUGUUUUUUUAUUUCAUUAAUAAAAAAAGGUUACAUUAGUAACUGUUAGAGGCAAAAAAAAACCUGGUUAUCAUGUUUAAAUAGAUAUAUAAUAUAGAGGAGUUGGAUAAUAUUAAGGAGCAGAAGGUGUAUUUAAAUAUACAUCAUUUACAGAUGAUGGAGAUAGACAUGUAAAAAAUAAUAAGAAUAGUCAUUUAUUUAAAUAUUAUUUUGAAAAGUUUACUAUAGAGGCAACAAAUGAUAAAUUUAAAGAUUUUUGUAUAAAAUCAGCAUAAAAAAGCGAAAAAGUUAUUGAAUAAUUUGUAAUAGAUACUUUUGAAAAAGUACAUG